AUGGUACGCGCCAUACGUCUGCCCGCCGCGGGCACUCCAGCCGCUGUCCGACGGUCGAGACCGGAAGUUGGCCCACUCAGAGCAGUUGGUCGUGCCCAGCAGCACGCACCCUGCAUCGCGCAGACGAGUGACGGCCAGGUUCUGACGCGCGGGCUUGGCACCCAGAAGGGCCAGCGAGCCGGCCGUGGCUUCGAGUGCCGGCUCCGCAGUGGCGACAUUGUCCUUGACGAGCAAUGGGACGCCAUGGAGAGGACGCAUCUUUUUCUUGCGCGCUGGGCCAUCCAGGCCAGCUAG